CACUGACGAAGACUGCUUUACAUCAACUGGCCGAGUUAUUUUGUCUACUUGGUUGUUUAGUUCCUGUUUUGUAGUGGAUGUUUUCUGGGAAAAAAAUGCAUUUGUCAAAUGAAUGGCCACAUAUCACGUAUCUGAAGCACAGCAGCUGCGAUUGGUACUACCACUUGGUUGAAGUUGGAGUAGUCCAUAGCCAUUCUCUAGGAUCCAUCCUGGCCAGUUCGAUAAAGAUAUGGAUGAAUUAUUCAUCAUUCCUUAGAAUUUGGGUCUCUUUCAUCUUCGCACUUGUACGGCACCAAGCUCAGCCCAGGGAGCUCAUGUAUCCAUUUUGGCAGAAUGACACCAAAACCCCUAAAGUAGACGAUGGAAGCUCAUCUGAGAUUAAGUUGGCCAUCCCAGUUUUCUUCUUUGGCGUUCCUUACCGCACUGUCUAUGUCAAUAACAACGGAGUUGUUUCCUUCAACGUGCUAGUGAGCCAGUUCACGCCGGAAUCCUUUCCCCUGACGGAUGGGAGGGCCUUCAUCGCCCCAUUUUGGGCGGAUGUGCACAAUGGAAUUCGAGGCGAGAUCUAUUAUAGAGAGACCAUGGACCCUGUCAUCUUGAAAAGAGCCACCAAGGACAUCAGGAAGUACUUCAAAGACAUGGCAGCCUUCUCUGCCACUUGGGUUUUCAUUGUGACGUGGGAGGAAGUCACGUUUUAUGGAGGCAGCAGCACCACACCUGUGAACACCUUCCAGGCCGUCCUGGUGUCCGAUGGCUCCUACACAUUCACCCUCUUCAAUUAUUACGAGAUCAACUGGACCACGGGGACGGCUAGUGGCGGUGACCCCCUGACGGGUCUUGGUGGAGUGAUGGCACAGGCAGGAUUUAAUGGUGGAAACCUCACCAAUUUCUUCAGCCUCCCCGGGUCAAGAACCCCCGAGAUCGUGAAUAUCCAGGAGACCACAAACGUCAAUGUUCCAGGCCGCUGGGCAUUUAAAGUUGACGGAAAGGAAAUUGACCCAGCCAAUGGCUGCACCUCCAGAGGACAGUUCCUUCGGCGAGGGAGGUUUUGGGAAGACUAUUAUUUUGUGCACCAUCAUAGGGCGCGUGCGUUGACUUUCAACAAUGAGAUGCGUGAACUGCCAGGAUGGCUUUCUGUAUCUCUCUUUAGCCUAGGUUGCGACCAUAAGGUCAAAAAUUUCUUCUAUCUUGGAGAGCCAGUCGUGGAAACCAGCACUCUGGUGUUUGGGCGACCACACUACCACAUCUUUUGAGGCGUCCGUCUUCUUCCAGAGGCUCUGCCCGGCCUACUGCUGGCCCGACAGUGUUUUAGACUUCCCAGCCUCCCUUUCUUCAGUGUAGAGGCCAAGAAUGAACACCGUCGGGGUUCAGCCGUCUCCUGGGUGAAAGGAGCUCUACAGGGAGGGAAUGGCUACAAGAAUUCCUCAUCCAGAGAAGCUAUGGACAAAACGUCAAGUUCCAAGACCUAUGCCUCUGUGACUCCACUUCUCUGUCCUCCCCCUGCCCCCACCUACAUCCUGGGAGAGGUGGCUUCUUUCUGGAGUGUUGAGUUGCUUUGCCUUCCUUUCCUGAUCUCUGCUGGAACCCAGUGCCCGGGCGCCUGCUCACCUGCCUUUCACUAUUACUGUUGUUGGCAGGUUAAUGACCUAGUGACUUCUUUGCCUGUCACCUUAGACUUGGGGACAGUGAAAAUCUACCAGAGUGGCAUGUCUACUGCCGUGGAAACAGAUUUUGGGCUCUUAGUGACUUUUGAUGGCCAGCACUACGCCUCCAUUUCCAUCCCAGGCUCCUAUAUAAACUCCACCUGCGGACUCUGUGGAAACUAUAAUAAAAACCCACUGGAUGACUUCCUCCGCCCGGAUGGCAGGCCGGCCAUGUCUGUCCUGGAUCUGGGAGAGAGCUGGCGUGUGUACCACGCGGACUGGAAGUGCGACUCCGGCUGUGUGGACAACUGCACCCAAUGUGACGCUGCCACUGAAGCCCUCUACUUUGGCUCUGACUACUGCGGCUUCCUCAACAAGACAGAUGGGCCCCUGUGGGAGUGUGGCACUGUCGUGGACCCCACUGCUUUUGUGCACAGCUGCGUGUAUGACCUGUGCAGUGUGAGGGACAAUGGCACGCUCCUCUGCCAAGCCAUCCAGGCCUACGCUCUUGUGUGCCAAGCCCUUGGCAUUCCAAUUGGAGACUGGCGAACCCAGACUGGGUGUGUGUCCACGGUGCAGUGCCCGAGCUUCAGCCACUACUCCGUGUGCACCAGCAGCUGCCCCGACACGUGCUCCGACCUGACGGCCUCGCAGAACUGCGCCACGCCGUGCACGGAGGGCUGCGAGUGCAACCAGGGCUUCGUCCUCAGCACCAGCCAGUGCGUCCCGCUGCACAAGUGCGGCUGCGACUUCGAUGGCCACUACUACACCAUGGGGGAGUUCUUCUGGGCCACGGCCAACUGCACGGUGCAGUGCCUGUGCGAGGAGGGUGGGGACAUCUACUGCUUCAACAAGACCUGCAGCAGCGGGGAGGUGUGCGCGGUGGAGGACGGCUACCAGGGCUGCUUCCCUAAGCGGGAGACCGUGUGCCUGCUCAGCCAAAACGAGGUGCUGCACACCUUUGAUGGCGCCGCCUACGCCUUCCCCUCCGAGUUCUCCUAUACCCUCCUGAAGACCUGCCCUGAGCGCCCAGAGUACUUGGAAAUCGACAUCAACAAGAAGAAGCCCGAUGCAGGACCUGCUUGGCUGCGGGGACUUCGGAUCCUGGUGGCCAACCAGGAGGUCAAGAUAGGAGGCAUCGGGGCUUCGGAAGUCAAGUUGAAUGGUCAGGAAGUGGAAUUGCCUUUUUUCCAUCCUUCGGGGAAGCUGGAAAUUUAUCGAAACAAAAACAGUACGACAGUGGAGUCCAGGGGCGUGGUGACUGUCCAGUACUCAGACGUAGGUCUGUUGUACAUCCGGCUGUCCACCACAUACUUCAACUGCACGGGGGGCUUGUGUGGCUUCUUCAACGCCAACGUCAGUGACGAGUUCUGUCUCCCCAAUGGCAAGUGCACGGACAACCUGGCAGUGUUCCUGGAAAGCUGGACAACUUUCGAGGAGAUCUGCAAUGGGGAGUGUGGGGACCUGCUGAAGGCCUGCAACAAUGACUCCGAGCUGCUCAAGUUCUAUCGAAGCCGCUCCAGGUGCGGCAUCAUCAACGACCCCUCCAACAGCUCCUUCCUGGAGUGCCAUGGGGUGGUGAACGUCACUGCCUACUACCGCACCUGCCUCUUCCGCCUGUGCCAGAGUGGGGGCAAUGAGUCGGAGCUCUGUGACUCUGUGGCCCGGUAUGCAAGCGCCUGCAAGAAUGCCGAUGUGGAGGUGGGGCCCUGGCGGACCUAUGACUUCUGCCCGCUGGAGUGCCCAGAGAACAGCCACUUUGAGGAGUGUAUAACAUGUACAGAGACCUGUGAGACCCUUGCCCUGGGCCCCAUCUGCGUGGAUAGCUGCUCUGAGGGAUGUCAGUGUGAUGAGGGCUACGCUCUACUGGGCAGCCAGUGUGUCACGCGGAGUGAGUGUGGCUGCAACUUUGAGGGGCACCAGCUUGUCACCAAUGAGACCUUCUGGGUGGACCUGGACUGCCAGAUCUUCUGCUAUUGCAAUGGCACAGACAACAGUGUCCACUGUGAGACUGUGCCCUGCAAGGAUGAUGAGUACUGCAUGGAGGAGGGCGGCCUGUACUACUGCCAAGCCCGCACCGACGCCUCCUGCAUCGUCUCAGGCUAUGGCCACUACCUCACCUUUGAUGGCUUCUCCUUUGACUUCCAGACCAGCUGCCCGCUCAUCCUGUGCACCACAGGAAGCAGGCCGAGCUCAGACUCUUUCCCCAAGUUUGUUGUCACAGCCAAGAAUGAGGACCGGGACCCGUCACUGGCCUUGUGGGUUAAGCAGGUGGACGUGACCGUGUUUGGCUACAGCAUCGUGAUCCACCGAGCCUACAAGCACACUGUGCUGGUCAACAGUGAACGGCUCUAUCUGCCCCUGAAGCUGGGGCAAGGAAAGAUAAAUAUCUUUUCCUUUGGUUUCCACGUGGUGGUGGAAACUGAUUUUGGCCUGAAGGUUGUAUAUGACUGGAAGACCUUCCUGUCCAUCACAGUCCCUCGGAGCAUGCAGAACAGCACCUAUGGUCUGUGCGGCCGCUACAACGGCAACCCUGACGACGACCUGGAGAUGCCCAUAGGUCUGCUCGCAUCCAGCGUCAAUGAGUUUGGGCAGAGCUGGGUGAAGAGGGACACCUUCUGCCAGGUGGGCUGUGGGGACCGCUGUCCGUCCUGUGCCAAGGUAGAAGGUUUCUCCAAAGUGCAGCAGCUGUGCAGCCUGAUCCCCAACCAGAAUGCUGGCUUCUCCAAGUGUCACAGCAAAGUUAACCCCACCUUCUUCUACAAGAACUGCCUGUUUGACUCUUGCAUCGAUGGGGGUGCGGUGCAGACCGCCUGUAGCUGGCUGCAGAACUACGCCAGCACCUGCCAGACUCAGGGGAUCACGGUGACUGGCUGGAGGAACUAUACAUCCUGCACUGUCACCUGCCCUCCAAACAGCCAUUAUGAGAGCUGCGUGAGUGUCUGCCAGCCCCGCUGUGCCGCCAUCCGCCUGAAGAGUGACUGCAGCCACUACUGCGUGGAGGGCUGUCAGUGCGACGCUGGCUACGUCCUCAACGGCAAGAGCUGCAUCCUGCCCCACAGCUGCGGCUGCUACUCCGAUGGCAAAUAUUACGAGCCCAAGCAGCUGUUCUGGAACAGCGACUGCACGCGGCGCUGCCGCUGUUUCCGUCGCAACCUGAUCCAGUGCGACCCGCGCCAGUGCAAGUCCGACGAGGAGUGCGCGCUGCGCAACGGGGUGCGCGGCUGCUUCAGCACCAAGACCUCCUACUGCCUGGCGGCCGGCGGCGGCGUCUUCCGCACCUUCGACGGCGCCUUCCUCCGCUUCCCGGCCAACUGCGCUUUCGUGCUGUCCACCAUUUGCCAGAAACUGCCCGACAUCUCCUUCCAGCUUAUCAUCAACUUCGACAAGUGGUCCGCCCCCAACCUCACCAUCAUUUCUCCCGUCUACUUCUACAUUAACGAAGAGCAGAUUCUCAUCAGCGACCGGAACACGGUCAAGGUGAAUGGCACACAAGUGAAUGUUCCAUUUAUAACUGGUUUGGCAACCAAAAUCUACAGCAGUGAGGGGUUUCUGGUGAUUGACACCAGCCCAGACAUCCAGAUAUACUACAAUGGUUUCAACGUCAUUAAAAUCAGUAUCAGCGAGAGGCUGCAGAACAAAGUGUGUGGUCUCUGUGGCAACUUCAACGGGGACCUAACAGAUGAUUAUGUGACCUUGCGAGGGAAGCCGGUGGUAAGCAGCGUGGUGCUGGCCCAGAGCUGGAAAACCAAUGGCAUGCAGAAGAGCUGCAACGAGCUGCAGUUCUCACAGUAUGCAGCCAUGUGUGACAAUGUGCACAUCCAGAAGAUGCAGGGUGAUGGCUACUGCCUGAAGCUCACCGACAUGAAGGGCUUCUUCCAGCCCUGCUAUGGGCUUCUUGAUCCCCUCCCAUUCUACGAGUCCUGCUACCUGGACGGCUGCUACAACCACAAGAAGUUCCAGCUGUGCGGCUCCCUGGCCGCCUACGGGGAGGCCUGCCGCUCCUUCGGGAUCCUCAGCACCGAAUGGAUUGAGAAGGAGAAUUGCUCAGGAGUGGUUGAAGAUCCCUGUGUGGGGGCGGACUGUCCCAACCGAACCUGCGAGCUGGGCAAUGGCAGGGAGCUGUGUGGCUGCAUCGAGCCGCCCCCCUAUGGAAACAACUCACAUGACAUUAUCGAUGCAGAGGUGACCUGCAAAGCAUCCCAGAUGGAAGUGUCCAUAUCUAAGUGCAAACUCUUCCAGCUCGGUUUUGAGAGGGAGGGCGUGAGAAUCAAUGACAGACAGUGUACCGGCAUCGAGGGGGAAGAUUUUAUCUCCUUUCAGAUCAACAACACCAAAGGGAAUUGUGGAAACAUUGUGCAGUCCAAUGGCACUCAUAUCAUGUAUAAAAACACAAUCUGGAUCGAAAGUGCCAACAACACUGGCAACAUCAUCACCAGGGACCGCACGAUCAAUGUGGAAUUUGCAUGUGCUUAUGAGCUGGAUAUCAAGAUCUCCUUGGAUUCUGUUGUGAAGCCUAUGCUAAGUGUAAUUAACCUGACAGUUCCAACCCAAGAAGGCAGCUUCACCACCAAGAUGGCUCUCUACAAAAAUGCCUCCUACAAACAUCCUUACCGCCAGGGUGAAGUAGUGUUGACAACUCGAGAUGUGCUGUAUGUAGGGGUUUUUGUGGUUGGAGCUGACUCCACACAUUUAAUCCUAACGCUCAACAAAUGCUAUGCCACACCCUCCCGAGAUAGCAAUGAUAAGCUCCGAUAUUUCAUCAUCGAAGGAGGGUGUCAGAACAUCAAAGAUAACACCAUCGGCAUCGAGGAGAACGCAGUCUCCCUGACCUGUCGCUUUCACGUCACCGUCUUUAAAUUCAUAGGGGAUUACGACGAAGUUCACCUUCACUGUGCAGUGUCACUCUGCGACUCAGAAAAGUACUCCUGUAAAAUCACUUGCCCACAAAAUUCCAGGAGUGCCACAGAUUACACAAAAGAACCCAAAGAACAGAUCAUUUCAGUGGGACCUAUUAGGAGAAAAAGGCUGGACUGGUGUGAGGACAAUGGAGGGUGUGAGCAGAUUUGCACGAGCAGGGUGGACGGGCCUCUCUGCAGCUGUGUAACAGGAACCCUGCAGGAGGAUGGCAAGAGCUGCAGAGCCUCUAAUUCUUCAGUCGAACUCCAAGUCUGGACGCUUCUUCUCGUCAUGAUCCAGAUUUCAUUAUGGCAUUUUGUCUAUAAAUCAGGCAUGAUAUCAUAAUUAACUCAAAGUUGCUAUAUAAAGUACUGUAAUUUACUUACUUCAACUCCCUGUAGGAUAAAAAGUGUGUGCCCUUAAGUCAAAACCUAUUUGAAAGUGUCCAGCAUCUCAGAAUGAUGCCACCUGUCUCCAACGGUCUGAGGUCCAGAAACCAGCAAACAUGCAAGCUCCUCUUUCAGAAUAUGAAACGGAGCUUCUACAAGUCAGUUAUGGAAAGUAUAUCUCCUGUGAAAAAUUUCCAAACAGUUGUCACUAGAAACUUUGGUUCACAUGAAAAACCAGUAAAGGAAAAAAAUUCUGGUUAGAGAAAUCUGACUGGAAAUCUGACCAGAGAAAUCUGUCAAGCCAGUGCUAUUUCUGGAUCAUGUUUUUUUACAGAGAGAGCCUGUUGGAAUGAUUUUGAAGUGAUGACUGGAAGGUUUGACUCCCUCUAAGGAAUCUUGCUGGCGUUUGGAAGUGUCUGAUCUAUGAUAUGUAUGUGUUCUGUCUAUGAGGCGCUCUCCACCCACUGUGUCCUUCAACCUUGCCAUGGCAGCUUUGGCCGCUGGGGAUACUGCUGACCUGGGGAACCCCACCCACUCUCCUACCCCCUCGAACCCAAUCCCUUCUCUUUUUACAAAUCAACCAAAUACUUUUUAAUGUGUUUUAUCCUUAAAUAAACUUUGUGUUCAAAUAUUCUCAUUA